AUGGCGUUUCCGAAUGUAAAAUCCUACUACCAAGCGGCAGUCUUAACCCCUCUGCUAACACAUUUGGUGAGGGACAACCAACCACAAUGGGUACACUUAGAGAACCUAUCUGUUAAACCCUUUUCGACCAAUAAUCUGAUAUGGUUGCACAAAACAAACAGACCAAACACACCGUUACUACCCUUACAAGUACAAAUAGCGUUACAAAUUUGGGACACACAUAGGAUGAAGUUCGAGACAGCCAACCCCCUCUCCAUGGCAACACCCAUAGAAGCCAUAACAUACUGCAUCCCAACAUUUCACGCAACACCAUGGAUGGGCAGGAGAAUCUCACACCUAGCUCAGGUUUUUGAAUCGGGCGAGCUGAUGAGUUUUGAACGUCUCACAACGAUUUUUAACCUACCACACACAUCACGAUAUUCAUACAUUCAACUUAAAUCCUUUCUACACACAAGCAACAAGGAUAGAGGAAGAGAGACUAAAGAUACUAGAGAGCUCUCAAUCUGGGAACAAACAGGUAUCACAGGCAAACUACCCCAGACCUUCAAACCCUUAUCUGGAUGCUACAGACUUAUUUUGCCGUACCAACCCCUCUCCGACUCCACGCCAGCACACCAAUGGGAAAUAGACCUCCAGACUCCCAUCACUGAGAGACAGUGGUCCAUUAUCACAUCUUCCACUAGAAAAUUGAUCAAAUCUGCUCCCCUUAUAGAGCAACACAAGAAAACAAUAUAUCAGUGGUACAUGGUGCCGCUACGUAUACAUAAACUGUACCCCAAUGCGUCUCCGACGUGUUGGAGAUGCAAACAAGAGAAGGGCUCGGUCCUCCACAUUUGGUGGAAAUGUCCUCGCCUAAUCAGAUACUGGGAAGACACCCAAAAAAUCAUUGCCGAUACCACUACCAUUCAACUACCCCUUGAUCCUAAGACUUUUCUACUGCUAGACAUACCCAGGGAAACACCCACACAAGCGAGAAAAUUAAUGUACCACGUCCUGCUAACCGCACAAAAAUUGAUAGCACAACUCUGGAAAACAACAGAAGCCCCUAGCAUUCCUGCCCUCAUCCAGGACAUAGACAACCAGGCUAUUUAUGAAACAAGCUUCUCCAAAGCGCGGAAUAGCACCAGCUGCAGUAGCAGUACGUGGGAACAGUGGCGCGUCUGGAGACAGCUAACGAAUAACACGUAA